AUGAAGUUAGAGUAUGGAAAAAUAGUGGAAAGAACUAUAAGUCAUAUAAUAAGAGUUCUGACGAUGCCCGACCCAGACAAAUUUGCAGAAAAAGAGGAAAUAGAAACAAAGAUAAAAGAAAAAAAGGAGGAUGAGAUAGUAGCUGUCAGUACCAGAUUGAGGAGUAAUGUGAGAAUUUCUAAAUACUUAGAUGAUUAUAUGAAAUAA